AUGUCAAGAAAUCUCAAUAACAAUUCAGUUAACAAUGCUUUUGGUGAAAAACCUUCUGUGGGAAGCCCACCAAGAAAUACCAAUGAUAUAAGGACAAUAAUGUUGCAACACUCACAGGGAACAGUGAGCAAUCAAAGACCACUAGCACCAAAGAAAGCUCGGUUGAAUCUUGAAAGUGAUUUGUCAGGUAGAACUCGUAACAUCCAUGAUGUGUACGAGAAACUUGACACCAUGAAUAGUGUCUUAAACACUGUUUUGAAGAACACAUCUUCUGAGAAAGCCGAAGCCACUGCUAGUAAUACAGUUGAGCAAGACAUGUUGCCUGGACAUCAACCAACAUUGGAUCAAUUGUUGCGCAAUUAUUUGAGUGAAAAGAAAUUUGAGGGAAACAGACUCGUUCUGAAGUCUGUUACUGAUUACCUUCGUCAUCAAGAAGAGGGGAAAAAGUCAUGUGAAAGAAGACAAUCUGUCUUGAAAGCCAAUCGGGCACACUUUGUGAACAGCUUUGGAGAGAAUGUUGACAGUAUUUUCCAUGCUGAUUACAUGUCAGACCUUGAGAGUGAUGACGAAAGAGAUGAAGAAGAACAGGAUUCGUUCUCAGAAAAGCAUUUUUUUUGGAGAUUCCACCCAAGCUGGAGAAGCAAAGAGGGAGAUAGGUUUGUUGAUGAACUUGAUGUGGAUUAUGAGGCAGCUCAUGAUAAGAAAAAUAAUACCCGGCUGUUUGAGCAUAAAUUUAAAGGAAUAAGAGAUAAGCAGCUUAGCAAGACCAAGGCAAACAAGCUACCAUCAUGGUCAAAGAAACAAUAA